CACGCCUGUCCUCAGUCGGGCUCGGAUCACGGUGGUUAUUUUUUCAGCUCAGUUGGAAGCCAGUCUCCAGCUCAGACAGGUUGGGGUUGCCGAAUGGCUGAGGUACCUCAUCCUCGCGGUCAGGCGUACUCACAACCUCUGACAGAGAAGUCUACUCAUCGUUAACACUGUUCGUUUGUGGGCAUCGGGGUUCAUUUGCUGAUAUAGAAGAAAACCAAAGUAUGGUUAAUGCAUUCUCCGAAUAUAUCCUAAACUACGUUAAAUUCUGAUCAGCGUGACAACCAUGGAAACCAAGGAGAAAAGAGCUUAUAAAAUUGUACUGACUGGCGGUCCUUGUGGAGGAAAAACAACUGGGCAGUCACGUUUGUGCACCUUUUUUGAAAACCUGGGAUGGAAGGUGUUUCGCGUCCCGGAGACUGCCACGGUCCUGCUAAGUGGCGGUAUAAAAUUCAGCGACCUGUCGGAGGAUGAAGCGAACUUUUGUGGGUGUCCUCCGAUCUUUUCUUCUCACGAGCCCCUAUGGGAUUUCCGUGUUUUAGAGUCGGAGGAUGGCUUGUGCACCCGAUGUUUAGCUCUACGGGAGGAGGCUUAUAAAUUUCAAGAAAAUCUUUUGAGAACUAUGAUACAAAUUGAGAACACCUUCUUCUCACUGGGGGAGUCAUGCGCCAGAAAUUGUCUCAUUAUUUGCGAUCGUGGUGCCAUGGACGCAAGUGCAUUCAUAUCUACAGAAAAGUGGGAGUAUAUGCUGGCUUCAAAUAAUUUGAAUAAUGUGGAUCUGAGAGAUAAUCGAUACAACCAUAUUAUUCACCUUGUGUCAGCUGCUAAUGGGGCUGAAGAUUUCUAUUCUACAGAGGACCAUGUGUGUCGAAGUGAAGGUGUCGAGACGGCAAGAGAAUUAGAUUACAAGGCUGCUGCAGCAUGGGUUGGACAUCCAUACUUUGAUGUGAUUGACAACUCUACUGAUUUUGAGACCAAAAUAUGUAGAAUGAUUUCGAGUAUAUGCCAGAAGCUUGGAAUUGAUGUUGGAGACAGACUUCUCACUAAUUCUCGCAAGCUGAAGUUUCUUGUCCGAGGUCCUCUGCCUGCAGACCCUGAUUUCCCACCAUUCCAAGACUUUGAUGUUGUUCAUAACUAUCUUCAAUCCAACACUCCCCAGCUUCAAGCUCGACUCCGCAAACGAGGCCAAAAAGGUCAUUGGAGCUACAUUCACACUAUCAGAAAACCAAAGCUUCGUGGGCAAGUUGUUGAGGUGAAAACACAACUCACCCAUCGUGACUACAUCAACAUGCUUGCUCAGCGAGAUGAUUCUCAUUUUACUAUAUUCAAAAAACGGCGGUGCUUCUUAAUCAACAAUCAAUAUUUUCAAUUGGAUAUUUAUCGUGAGCCUAGUCACCCAAGGUGUAAAGGAUUGGUUUUGUUGGAGACAUACACGGCCCUGGACUCAAUUGAGAAUAUUCUGCCUCCCUUUCUCACUGAUGUCGUGGAUGUUACUGGGAACCCUGCGUAUUCCAUGUUCAACCUCUCACUGAAAGAGGAGUGGAAUGCAACAAAUAAGUUUUGCCAUGGGCUGAAAGAAUAUUCAAUAAGUGUAAACAAGAACAAUACCCUGGAACCACCAGCUACAGAUGCACACCUGAAGAGUGCACCUUUGGGAGAUGGAAAACCUAAUGGUAUUUCAAAUGGAGUAGCUGAAGCGGUUCCCUUGAACGGUGUUAAAAAUGGCUUCUCUAAUGGAGAUAGUCGGGACACUCCUAAUGAAACCUUUAGUGGUUUCUCAUAUGGCUGUAUUAAUAGCAAUGUUUGUAGUAGCUUAUCAAAUGGCAUCUACAAAGUUGUGUCUAAUGGCUUGCAUGAGAAAUCAGUUGUCCCAACAAAUGAGACCUUAAAAAGGGCUGAGAAUGGAGAGGGGGCUACCCCUAAAUUGCUUGGAGUAAAUGGAGGAAUCGCAGUUUCUGGCAGCUAGCUGUGACUGGAAAUGGUGGGACUUUUUAAAAAUGUGAUUGGCAUAGAAAAGCUAUGUACUCUUAAUCCAUGGAUUAAUUGAAAAAUUCAGUCAUAGUUCACACACCAGAUAGUCUCUCAGCUGUUGAGAAAUAGGUACAUUGGUACUUACAUAGGUACUUAUUACAAUCUGAUUAGGCCUUUCACUUCAAUCCUCCUACCAUUUUAAGGGGUGAAACCAUUCUUAUAUUUGGGAAGGUAUUUUGUGAUUGUGCUUUAGUUGUUGAAAUAAGUAGCAAGUUCUUUCUUUUAAUACUAUGAAUUGCUAAUAGUUUUCUGCAAAGAUAAGUGACUUACACUAGUAUAGCUUUUGCUCAAUUAUUCAUUUUAUUUAUGUAGUUAACAGUAUUUACAUGGCUUAAGUAAGAUCUGUGCUUUUACAAAGGUAUUUUAUAGGAAAAUUCUGGAGUUUAAUAUGCUAGGAUGUUGCCAUCCUACCUAAUAGCUGUCUUUUGAUUUUUUUUUUAUAAAUGAAAAGAAAGUAAUCUCUUAUUUUCAACCCUUUGAAUUAUGUGACAUGUGUGGUAUCCACUAAAGUGCCUUCUUGUGGAUUUUUUUGUUUUUGUGUGUGUGCCAUAAGAAAAGUCUUAAUCUAAAGGAUUGACAUCUGCAAAUUAGAGGGUUUUAUUCUUAUUUCAAAUUCUUUGGUUGAGUGAAGGAUGAAUAUUGUCCUGUAAAAACUUACCCAGUGCCUUUUACCUGCCAGAAAUAUCGUUUCUCCUUAAAAUCUAGACUUUCAUAUUAUUGCAUCCAACAGACCUACACUGUGCCACAAAUUACAAUUUAAUUUAGCCGAAACUUGCCUAGUACCAAAUCUAUUUUUGCAUAAGGGAGUUGUCUUUGAUCAUCUUUUGACAUGCAGAAAUUUGUUUAUUGCAUGGAUAGGAUUUUAUUUCCAGCUCCAGCAAUCAGGUUGUUAUAAGAAUCUAAAUAGUGUAAUUGUUUUUGACUUUACAUAGGAAUCCGUAGUGGUCACAGAGUACUGUACUGUGGAGUAUUUAGCAAUACAUUUUAGAUCUUGCUGAUACAGUAUUGAAUCAACUCCUUGAUAUCAUGUCUUUUCCCUCCUUUCCCUUUCUUUGGGUUAUAAAAUUUACCAUCAUUAAAUUAUAUAAGUAAGGAAAACCAAAAGCCAAGUAAUUUUCCAAUCAAUUGUGAUACAGAAUUUUCCUUACAUAGGUAACAUUUUUUUUGUUUUUCUUACUUUCUCUCUCACAAUAGGUUGAUAAGUUCAAGGAAAUCAAGAGGUAUUGCUUGAAUAGUAUUAAUCAUCGUCUUGUUGAAAUGAUAUUUCAAACUUCAUCUGCAGUGUACGUUAUAAUUGAAUAAAAUGUAUUGAAGACAAUAGGCUUCCUGGAAUGAGAAGAUCUCACAGUUUUUUUAAGUAAUCCAGGCAUAGCCUAUGAGAGAGUUAUUUGAAAUUAGGGCUUUAAACAUGGAAUAGAUGUAAGUUGUUUUGUGAUACAUUGUGUGUGUAUGUGUGUGUGUGUGAUGAGAAUUUGUUUUAAGUACCUGCUAUGAUGGACUCAACUUAGCGGGACCAGCAGUUCAGAUGAAAUUUUCUAUCCAAUGUGGUUGCAGUUUAUCAAAAAAAUUCAUACUAAUAUUUUGCUAUCUAUUUUCCUUUGCAAUUUCUGAUCAAGCUGUACCAUAAAAUUAUUUUUAUUGUAUCUUAAACCUGAGCAUAUUUGUUUGAGUUCUAAUGUUGUCAAAAACAAUGCUUUUAAAAUAUGUACAUCCGAGAAUUUUUCAUAUACUAACCCAGUGUAAUUUUAAAAGAAAAAUGUGCGUUUUUGAAUUUUAUUGUGUAUUUAUCCAUAAUCAAUCAUCUUUGGAAAGUCACAGUGCAUGCGUUGUUUAUCCAGCCCAAUGCAAUUAAUCUACUGUGUAUCUGAGACAUAGUUACUGCUGGAUACUGUCUAUUUUUUCAUUUCUUCAUACGAUAAAAAGCAGUCUUGUUUUCUGCAAAACUUUUACCACUUUGUCAAUAAACAAUCCAUCAUCAUGAGAUGAGACUCA